GCAAUUUUUAAGGGUUUUUCGCACAACCGAAAUCGUCUGUUGACAGAAGAUUUGCGAAGCUGAAGAAACAUCCUCCAAUCACAUUAAUGGCGAGUUCUGGCAAAUCAAAUGAAGCCUCUAAGAAGACAAUGUAUAAACGGCUAUCUCCUAUAUCCGAAUUUGAACAGCUUACCACAAGAGCAGAUCAGAAAAGCAGAAGUAAUAAUGAUAACCUUAUUGAGCCCAUUUGCAAUGGCAUAGAUAUUACCAGUUCUAAUACCAAAGCAAAGCGAAAGCCCAAUCAAGCAGGCUCUGCAAAAUGGGAGGCCAUAAGAGCCCUAAUUAAAAAUGAUGAAGUCGCCUGUUUUAAGCAUUUUGAGAUUAUUAAGCAAGUAGGAGAGGGGAGUGUAGGGCACAUUUUUCUGUGUCGCCUUUCUGAUACCCCCCAUUACUUUGUAUUGAAGACCAUGAAUAGAGUAAUUCUUGAAAAGAUCAACAAGGCAAAGAGUAUUCAGAAUGAGAUUGAGAUACUUGAGAUGUUGGACCAUCCGUUUCUUCCCACUUUGUAUCAUUCAUUCCAAAUAGGUGCCUCUACUGUUGCUGUCAUGGAUUACUGCCCAGGUGGUGACUUGUAUGGCCUACAGAGAAAACAGCCAAGAAAUUGCUUUUCUGAAGAAGAUGCACGGUUUUAUGCUUCAGAAAUUAUUAUAGCAUUGGAAUACCUCCACAUGCUAGGAAUUGUGUACAGAGAUCUCAAACCUGAAAACAUUUUGAUAAAAGAAGAUGGGCACAUCAUUUUGACUGACUUUGAUCUAGCCAAAAGAGGCUCAUUCAAGCCCACAGUGAACAAAUUUCCUCACCCUCUGAGACACAUUUUCGGCAGGCGUGAAAAUGAAGACAAUAAUAUUGAUUGUCCCAGAGAAUUUGUUGGAUGUUUUUCCUUUACAGGCCUAUUAAAGGGUUUCAUAAAAUUGAACAAGGUCAAUCCUCCAAGCCUUCCAAGCAGUGAAAUGUAUCCAAGACUGAAUAUAAGUGCAGUUGCCUCUUUGCCUGAGAUGCAGACAGAACCCAAAAGUGUACGUGCAAUGUCAGUGGUGGGCACAUAUGAAUAUUUGGCACCAGAGGUUGCAGAGGGCAAACGCCAUGGAAGUGCUGUGGACUGGUGGGCUCUUGGGGUCUUACUCUAUGAGCUUCUCUAUGGAAAAACACCAUUUUUGGGUGAGGAUGACAAGGAUACAUCUAUGAAUAUAAGGGAAAAGCCUCCUCCUUUCCCUGAACUUCCCAAGGUGAGUGAUGCUGCAAAGGACUUGAUCAGCAAGUUACUGACUAAAGAGCCUUCAAAACGCUUGGGAUUUGAGCGAGGAGCUUCUGAAAUUAAAGAACACCACUUCUUCGAUGGUGUAAACUGGACACUGAUCCUUAAAGGCCAACCUCCAAUGGUUCCUGGGCCAUAUUACGGUCAGCACGAUGAUGAACAAGAUGAUUAUUAUGGGUUCGACUGAACGAUUGUUUACUUGGAGUUUAAUGUGGGUUUCUGUGAUCUCCAUGAUUGGAUUUAAUACGGUUUUAAACAUAUGAUUCCAUUUCAGAAAUUUCAAUUAUUUUACAUGUUCAAAAAGGGAUGUUCUUAAUUGAAUGAUUAUAAACUUCAGAACAUGGAUUCGACGACGUU